AUGGCGACCCAACAGCCCUCAGGCCUCACUGCCGAGCAGAUCAAGGCUCUGUUCAAUAUCCUCACCCAUUUCGAGACCUACCACGAGAUCGAAGACUUCAAGAAGCCAGAGACCAUUUCCGACUAUGGCUACCCUUUUGCGCAGAGCUCCAAGCCCAGCGAGGCCGUCACCUAUGCCCCAGAGUCCUCGGCGCCCCUCCUACAGUCUCUCUUCACCAGAUUUAUCCUGAAGCUACCGGGCGUCUCCUCCUUUGUUCCCGAGUUUUGGAACGUCCGAGUUCAGGGGAUCCUCAAGAACUUUGCCGAGGCCGAGCUGUCCGAGAGCUACGAGAAGGGCACGCUGGGUACUAGAAAGACCCUGGCGACCGCCUCAUCCACUGUCAUCGAGACAGUCGCGCGUGGCAUGAUUGGUGGCGGACCCUAUAGCGACCCCUCGACGCGGCUUGAGCAGUACGAUCUGAACAGAGCGGAAGACCUGGCGCAGGCCUGGGAUGAUGCUAUGCAUGACCUCGUUUACGGGGACCUCUGCGACAGCUUACUUGACCACCUUGCCGAGACGGACGACUUCGAAUCACACUCUCCAAUGACCCAGGCGGCGAACGAGUACAUCAUUUUCCACUUGGCUGGACUUGCCCACCAAGUGCUGGUUGUCUCACCUGAGGGCCAGUACCUCGUCAAGCUUAUGGAGCAAGUUCACAAGAUGGUGCCAUACAACAUGGUACGGCAGACACUCAAGGUCGGCAAUGCUGCGACAAUGAUCGCUGGCAUGAUGAAAAUCUUUCUGGCCAAGCUCAGUGUCGGUUCGGUUUCGAACUGGUUUGGCAUAACAAAGGAUGCUGCAGAUGGCAUGAAUCUUAUGCAGAGGAUCAUCUCCGUCAUCCUCGGCUGGGACUGCGCAGAGUUCAAGAAGACGAUCGACAGAAUCGCCAAAGACAAGAACAGGCCAAGUAAAGGCGCUCUAGAUGCCAUCAAGGCCCACACUCAAUCCCCUCCGACCGAACGCGAAGUGAUCCGAGCCAUGAGCGCGCAACAAGACAAGUCCAUCAUCGCCGUCAUCCUCGAGACCGCAAACCCCAUCCUACUUUCCGACCUCAGCGAGGACGAGCACACAAUGUGCCUAGAAUACUACGCAGCACUACUGGCUAUGCGCGAUCGGGAGGAAAUCAUCAGCAUUCUUUGCAGGCAGAGCCCAGACUACCUCACCCAGGCAGUCCGCGAGGCAGUAGCCGGGAUGGAUCCCAUUAUCCGCGCCGUACACAACAAGGUCGACCUCUCAGACCAUGUCAGGGACUACCACAUGUUCCUCGACCAGCUGAUCGCCUGCAGCAAACCAAAGAAGGGGAAGAACAAGGAUGAUACGGAGACUAUGCCCACGGUGGAGGACUACGUCAAGCUGUGCAAGGACAAUAAGCAUCUCUUGUACAAGUGGCUGCACGCUGUGGGCGGCAAAUGCCCAGAAGUCAUGGAUCAGUUCAGGGAGUGGGCAAAGAACUCCCUGGUUGCGUUCCAUAAGACUAAGAAUGGCGGCGCGAGCAUCGAGGAGCAGCUGGGUGACAUGUUCAACCAGGUUCCCGAUAACAGCAGAGCGGCCCUCCUUCCCAUCAUCGACGCUCACGCUGCAUACCUACGGGACUUAGAACGACUGUCCUUGACGCGCAUGCAGACCAUCAUCGAGGGCAACUCGACGAGUAUGGCUGGCCCGGGUGUCUACUUGGUACGGUGGCAGAACCUGAUGGAUGAUACCCUCAUUACGCCUGUGAGGCCCGUCGGUCCGGUGCGGUUGGGCAAAGACGUCAAGGGGCUGGCGCCGACACAAGGCAAGCGGGGUUCUGCUUCAAGUGAUGCUGGCGAGAUCAUUGCGGCCGUCCGCGACAUGAAUCUGUCUUCUUUACCAGAAGCGCCAGAUGUGCAGGCGGUUAUCCAGGCGCUGGGGCCUAGGUUCAAGCAGAUGCUCACCAUAGCAUCCAGAGCCAAUGGUCCUCCGACGAACGGCACGGCCAACGGACAUGCUUCGCCUAUUUGA